AAUUUAUUUUUAUCAGCUUAUUGUGAUAUUAGUGUUAAUUUGAAAUUUUUUAUAAAAAAGUAAACACGCAAAACAGAAACGUCAUUUACGUAAAGUCAUGUCGGACAAGUGUGCGCAGUGGAUCCUGAAAUAAAUCAAUCGGGAUAAAUCAACAAUAUGAAAAUUUAGAAAUCUUUCUUGUAUCGAUCACAAGUUUUGAACAAAGGCAAAGAAAGGGUAAGAAAGUGUAAAAGAACAAUGAAAAUGGCAGAGCGUAAAAGUUGAAGUAGACCCAACAAAGCAUCGGCAAUCUGCCUCGUCCUUUGCGGCCAGUGACAUUUUUCAAGCUAAGAUGACAUAGAAUGGGUUGGGUGGCGCUAGGGCGGCGUGCGGGUGGUAGCAGCCGCUUAUCACCCAUCCUCUCGCUGUCUCUCGCCUCCCUCGUAAGAUCCUUACUAUUUACUACCCUCUGUGUCCUCACCCUAGCUCUAACUUUUGCCACCUUCGUAAAUUCCGAGGACAUCUUUGAGGAAGGAAAAUCGGACAAGGAAAUCCUGGACAAUUUGCUGCUGUCGACACGCUAUGACAAGCGGCUUCUACCGCCGGUCCAAGAUGCGGAUUUCUGCUGUGGAUUGCGAUCGCCUGGCGACACGAGCAGGCCAGUUAACCGAUCAGCGACCUUUACCGACCUUACGCAGAACAACAACCAGAACAAUAACCAUUAUACGCCGCACCAACACCUUCGCACUCACCUUCGCGGAACCUUAACAGUAAACGUGAGCGUAUUGUUAUUAAGUCUGGCUUCACCUGACGAAUCAAGUUUGAAAUACGAAGUUGAAUUUCUUCUACAACAACAAUGGUAUGAUCCACGACUACGUUAUAGCAAUCGAUCGCGAUACGAAUUUUUAAAUGCGAUUCAUCAUCAUAAUGACAUCUGGUUACCAGAUACUUAUUUUAUCAUGCAUGGUGACUUCAAAGAUCCUCUAAUUCCAGUACAUUUUGCAUUACGGAUUUAUCGCAAUGGCACUGUCAACUAUCUUAUGCGACGUCAUCUUAUUCUUUCUUGUCAAGGUAGACUCAACAUUUUUCCGUUUGAUGACCCGCAAUGUUCAUUCGCUAUCGAAAGCAUUUCUUAUGAACAGACAGCAAUAACUUACGUCUGGAAGAAUGACGAGGCAACAUUACGAAAGAGCCCAAGUCUCACGACCCUAAAUGCGUAUCUUAUCCGGAAUCAGACAAUAACGUGCCCGAUAAAAGCUAGUUGGCGUGCUGGCGCACACGUGAUUGUCGACUACGAGGACGAGUUUGACGAAUUCGGAGACUCAAAGUGUUCACUGUGCCAGCGCAGGUUUGAAGAACAAGGUAACUACAGCUGUCUAAAGGUGGAUCUUAUCUUCACGAGGGAUCGUGCUUUUUACUUUACCACAGUCUUUAUUCCGGGAAUUAUUUUGGUGACAAGCUCUUUUAUAACAUUUUGGCUGGAGUGGAAUGCUGUACCCGCAAGAGUCAUGAUUGGCGUGACAACAAUGCUCAACUUUUUCACUACAUCUAAUGGAUUUCGUUCAACACUACCAGUUGUCUCAAACUUGACUGCCAUGAACGUAUGGGAUGGAGUAUGCAUGUGUUUUAUCUAUGCCAGCCUACUCGAGUUCGUGUGCGUCAAUUAUGUGGGCCGGAAACGACCACUUCAUAACGUUGUUUAUCGCCCAGGCGAGAAUCCUGUCACCCAGCGGCUACCAGCGGUGCUCAGCAGGAUAGGGAUAAUAUUGGCCAGCCCCUUGGGUGAAAAGAAACGAGAAGGUGGCAAUACAACAACUGGCAGUAAUGGUCCAAAUGAAAUCAUCGCCUGCACAAACUGUGGUCCUAAUCCCUGUACACAUACAGCAACCAAUGGCUGUGCAGCAGAGUGUUGCUUUGUUCAGGUCAGGAAGAAAGAACCACCGCAUCCAAUUCGGGUGGCAAAAACAAUUGACGUAAUAUCAAGAAUAACCUUUCCAGUUGCUUACUUUAUGUUCCUCACUUUUUUCUUCAUACACUAUAAAGGAGCGACUUCCUAAGGAUCAACUCAUCAUAAUAAGUAUCAACGGGAAGAGAUAAAAUUUGUUUAAUAUAUUGUUGUAAAAAGAAACUCUUAAAAAAUAAUGUUAAGUAUAUUUAAAAAACAUGAUCUGUUGUAUGCCAAGGUGACCAAUACUCUUAUUGGGAUAACAGGAUAAGUGUAGAUCUCUACAGUGAUAAAAUUGUACAUAAAAAUGAAUAAAUUUUUAAUAUGUUUUUAUGAAAUUCUAUUUAUUUUUCCGUGCAAUAUCGAAUUCAAUCAUUUCGUAUAGAGGAAGGGCGGGAAUCGAAUUCAAAUUUGCUGGGUCUUCUUUUUUUGACUUCCAUUUGAAGAAAUUGAAUCAAAUUUGAAGUUGCCAUCGAAAAAAUUCUUUUUUCCAGGCGGGCAAAACAGACCACCCCCGAAAGAAAAGAAAAUUUGGUUUUUCAUUAAAGAUUACUAUAUUCUAUUUUGAUUUUUAGUUUCAAAACUUUACAUUCUUUCAAAUUUCUAUGUCCAGAAAAUUAUCUGUAAAAAGAACGAAUUUCAUUUUAGAAAAUGAUUUUAAAAACUAAAAUUUUCGGAAAACAAUUUCGAAACAUCGGAAAUCGAGCAAAAAUUUUUGGGAUGGUCGAUUUUGCCCACCUGGCCCGUUCUGCCCGGCCUUCCCCUAUACAAAAUUGAGCUUUGAAAAUUAUCAAAUUGGUAUUUAUCAAUUAUAAUUGUAAAAUUAUGUUUUUUACGUUUUUUAUUGAAAACAUAUUGAAAAUUCAUUGAUUUUUUAUCAUUAUAUAUAAUCAAUGAUGUGUAAAUUUACAUUAAGACGAAAAUAAAAAUACGUAUAUAUAUAUGAUACAAAAUGGAUAAUGAGAUUAUAUGAAAGUAAUAAAUACGUAUCUUGAAAAAAACAUCAAUGUGAAGAAAGAGAGAGAUAAUAGAAUUAAAUUGUAUACUUGGUAUAACAAUAAUUCGUACCGAAUGUUUUACCUGUUAUCAGGAAGAAGAAAAUAAAAAAAGGAAAAUCAUUGAAUUAUUUAUUGCUAUUAUGUCAGUUGCGAUCUUAAUAAUAAUAAUAAUAAUAAGAAUAAUAUUAAAAAUAAAUAUUACUGAAUAAUCUAUAAACAUGCUACUGUAAUUUUUACGAUGAAAGAAUAACGAGAUACUCAAUGUUAUUGCUAUUUUGAUUUAUUAUAAUGCGUCUCCCAUAAAAAAGUCAUAUAUGGUCAAGUAUAAUAUAUACUUUGAUAUUUAUUCACUUAUAAUUCAAAAUUGAUCAUUUUUUCUAUUUAUAAAUUUAAAUGUCCAAUAAAAAUUCAAAAUUGUCUUAAAUUUAUAGUUUAGCAAUUUCUGGAUGCACACUUAAUAUAACAUUUUUUGAAUACCUUUGUGUUACGCGGUUUUUCUUUUAUCUAGAAUGAUACAGCAGAUAAUAGAGAUAAUUGUUCGAUUUGUGACGUCAGUCGUGCAAAAAAUACUAUUUUUCAGUUGCAUGGACUACAGCCAUAUUUAUAAUUGGUUAAUUAUGUACUUGAACAUAUAUGAUAAUUUUAUGUGGGAUAGUAUUGAAGCGAAAUAGUAAAUGGUAGAUAUUUUAUAAAUACGUAAAAAAUAAAAAACCAAGCUUACGCCAAGUAUGAGAAAUAUAAAAAAAGUAUUCAGCAAUAUUAAAAACAGACCAAUAUUUUUCUUGUGUAUAAUUGAUGUGAAAACAACACUGACAUUAAAAAUCGAGUGUUGAAUAAUAACUGAUACUUUAAAUUUAUCAAAAAUAUAUCCGUAAUUUUCAUCAUACUUUUUAUCACAUAUAUAAUGCAAUCUCUAUCAUAAGUAAUAAAAAAAAACAAGCAAUUGAUGAAUAAAAAUUUUUUUUCCAAUUGAGGUUAUGAAAAAUGUACACAUGAUUUAUAUAAUUGUAUUCUGUUUUGUUAUAUAAAAUAUAUGAUUUUUUAUUCGAAUUCAAGUAUGAGGUCUAUUAGAGCGAACAAAAGAUCAAAUAUUUCAUGUGGGUAAUAUUUGAAAAUAAUUAAAUUUUUUGUGUGAAAUUUGUAAUAUUCAUGUUGGUUAUGAAGAAAAAAAUAUAUUAAUUUUUCU